GUCCAUCUUCGUCUAAGCUUCAAGAAACUCAAAGUAAUGUCAAUUUGGAUAAAAUUACUGAGGCACUGAACUCUCUAAAGAAGAAUUUGUCAGAGGUGGAGACAAAACUGAACAAAAAGAUAUCAGAUUUGCAAAAUGAGUUGAAUAACGCCAAGAAUCAAAUCCAAACCCUACAAAGAGACAAUGAUAAUGCAGCGUUAUGGCGACAGUCCAAUGAAACGAGGGACAAACUCAAUGUGCACGAGAAAACCCAUGAUACUAAAUAUGAACAGGACAAGGGCGAUACAGGAGCUAAGGGCGAUAAAGGUGACAAGGGCGAUACAGGAGGUAAGGGUGAUACAGGAAACAAGGGCGACAAGGGUGAUACGGGAGACAAAGGCGACAAAGGCGACAAGGGAGCUACAGGAGCUACAGGAGCAGUGGGCCCACAAGGACCUUCAGGGGCUGGAAAUCUGACACAGUGUGUUGUGAAGUUUGAUCAGUCCGAUGGCACAGCGAUUGGCGACAAGAAACAGGAUAUAGAAGUAAUAGAAGAAACGGGAAAAAAGAUUUUGCAUUAUUCGUGCUCUUCAAACAACGCAGACAUUGUGCAACGAGGUCAUAGGUUCCAUGAUCACAAGAAUAAAUACUCGUGUUUGUGUUUAGGGAAAGGAAGUUACACAUAUCCAUCAUCAACUCCAUCUAAACCUGACAAAAUGUACUGUUACAUAACUUACACAGAAUGUCCGCUUAUAUCUUAAAUGUAAAAAUGUAAUUUCCCAGAAUUACGAUCACUGGACUUAUAAAAUCCCUUGUUUCAAUUCGAUAAUUUUUUUACAAAGCUGUUCUAUUAAAAAAAUCCAUUAGUACACGUAUCGUUUGGGAUGGAACGAAAACGCAGAACUCUAUCAUGAUCAGUUAAAAAAGUUGCCGACUUAUUUGUCAAACUAAAUUUGAAUAACUUGUACUUAAUAACUCGCUGUUUUGCAUGUCUCGUCAUGAUCUUUUUGAUGUAUGACACGCUAUUAUACUUUGAUUCCGCUAUAAAGACUGUGGACAAUUAUUUGAAAUCAUGUACAUAUAGCUAUUUCAUAAAAGGUUGUCAGAUGAAAUGGCAACUGGCAAUUGUAGCUAAUUGUUGAACGUUGAUUGCACGACUGAAAGUAGACCCAAAGUAGCCAUGGGUUUUACUCAUUGAUUGAAAAUAACUGAUUUAUACUACAAGACAGUCUGUGGUAAACAUUGGCUCCAUUUCUAUGCAAGGUGAAUCUAAUAAGUGAAAUUUUGUUUGUCAAACAUUGUAACCAAAGUCCCUUUCGGUCGUGCAUUCUACCUUCGACAAUUGCCGUUCGUCGUUCUCCCCGACAACAUUUUUCCUAAUAGCUGUAUACGUUUGUAAAUAAUCAGAAUUCAAAUACAACACGUUAAAAAUUUUAAACAGUGUUUAGCUUGUUAUUAAUUCAAGAUUGAAGUGCCAUGCAAGAGUGUACCAACGAAAUAAAGAGUAUGAAGAAUUUACAAAGUAAAAA